CAGCUUUUCUCAUUGAAACAUGACAGGAAACUUCAAUUGCUAUGACCUUCAGCUUGUCAUCCUUCCAAGCACGACUUCUGGUUUCGCAAAUCUUGUGUUAUAUGUGAUUGUAUGUAUAACAAGAUAAAAAAAUCACAUCGAAAUCAGACACGAUUUGCGAGUCACUUCAUAUCACAAGAGCGUUUUUUUAUACAUAGAUUGUAAAUUAAUCUAUUAUUCCCUGCCAAUCCGUUCAGACAGCCAACUACCUGAACAUCUCGAGCUGCGAUAUAUAUACCAUGAACAUAACCACCUUCGCCAGCACAAGUCCGGCGGACGACGCGCAUCUGAUGCGGUGCUGGAGGAUCCAGAACUGCAAAGACUGUCUCACGACGCAGCCGGACUGCAGCUGGUGUCCGUUCUCGUGGACCUGCGUACCAAAUUCCGCCCGCGUGCCCCUCCUAGCACCGGCAUGGGAUGAGAACGUGUGUCCGCACUGGGCGGAGCGGUGGGAGAUCCGCACACGACCGCUGGGCUGCCAGGUCUCGACCAUCACGACUCUGACGUCGCUCGUAAGCAUCGCAUCCACUCUCGUCCUCAUCCUGCUCGUUACAUUGGCCGUCUGGGGAUUUCGGAAGUUGAGAGCAUACGGGAAGAAGAAUCCCGGUUGGUGGAGAAUUUCGAGGUCCGAUUGGAAGCGACUAGCUAUCAGGUGGCGGUCGUGGCUGCUCGCUAAAGUAGGGACUAGAGGCGCGGAUGCGAACGCGCGGGAAUCUAGAAAUGAAGGGGACCGGGAAAGGGAGCCUUUACUGCCGUCUUAAAGACCAUAGGCUAGAGGCAGCGAUUGAGCGAUAGGCAUAUUU